AUGUCGAGGAAGAUUCCGCAAGCUGCUUUCCUUGAGGAUUAUGACGAGGAUGCUCAUGCUACUCUCCCGGAAACCCGCCAAACCGCCAACCUCACUGCCAAACGUUCCAAGCCUGACCUGAAGAAGUCGACCAGAGAGCCUUUCGUUGAGGCUGCUAGUGAUUCCGGCUAUUCGAGUCGCACGGCUGCCACCGUGAACAGCACCCAAUCUGCCCCGUCGGGCCGGAAAAGCCCCGGCCCUCUUAAACUCGACACCUCCCUGAGGAGGGCUGAUUUGGAGCGAGUUCGUUCGAGAACCAAGGAUCGACCACAACGAGAUCACAGUGCUCGCCCGACACGCGAAGACAAGAUGCACGCCGGUCCCUAUGCUGGUUACUCACCAGCUCACACCCCGCGAUCACCGUCCAGAGGCCAGAGACUCGAGCGAGCCUACACCAACCACUACCCUAGCAGCUAUUGGGACCAUGAACAGGGAUUGUAUCAUGCCACCACCCCUGUUGAGCCGCGGCAGAGAGAAUACCAGUACCAUUCAUCGCGUGCAUCCACUGCAUACGACUAUGCUCCGUCGUCACCCCAAACAGCGCGAUACCCGCCGUCCACGGUCGUUCAGGUCUCACACAGCAGCCGCCCAGCCGGGCGGGUCGCUCGCUCGAACUCAUACCACGCCAACAACCGACCGGUGAGCUACCAUAGUGGCAUGGGCCCUCCCAUGGGCGGGGUUGUGUACAGUCAAUCCCCAAUGAGCCGUUAUGAGUCUGGUCCGCCUCUAUCCUCCUCAGCUUACGCCAAUACGCCGGCAUACCCGCCCGCCCCCUCCUCGCUAUACUCCCAGCCUCCGGGUUACUAUCCUUACCUCGAUGCCGCUAGUCCACCUGUGCAUGGGGACCGUUCGCUCUCGCGGCCAAGGGAUCAAACCCGCAUGCGUCGUCCCUCAAUCUAUGAGGGACCUUCUCCAGAUGACUACGGUACUUCUGAAGAAGAGGAAGAAGAGGAGGAGGAUGAGGAGUUGGAGGAUGAACUGGAGCCAGUCCCGCAGCAACGGCAACCACCUCCGCCACCUGCACAUCUUCCCCGUCAAGCUCGCCCACGACUGCCUUCCCACUCUAUGCAUGACCGCGGCGAUGAGGACUAUUACCGAACCAUUCAGCCUCCUCCGGUUAAGCACAGGGCAGCUCCUCAGAUCAUCCAAAAGCGGCCGGAACUCCCACGCAAAUCUGCCACUACCGCCUCUGUCAUGGGUGAACGUCGUCCUUCGCGGCCUUCUCUUGACUUAACUGACCUCCGGGACCACCUUCCUGAGUAUGGUGGAUAUCAGAGAUCGUCCCGAGAGAUCAUGAUCCCUGAGCGGAACCGAAGCCUUCGUGGGGAGAGACGCCCUUCGAUGGCUUAUCACGAUUCCUCCAGGUCCACCCGCCAGAUCGCCGUUGAGAACUCCGUGAGCCGUCGACGUCGGCCUAUAAUCUAUGACUUGCCUCUGGGUGAUGAGAUCGAAGAGAAGCAGCGCACCGCUGAAGAAUAUCAGGCGUCUCUCUCCGGCAAAAGUGGGGCUGUUCAAAUGCCUCUGACUGCGGAUGCCUUAAUGACCAAGGCGAAUUCCCGCGCAGGGAGUGAUAGCGGAAGCCACAAAAGCCGGUCGGCCAGCAGUCGUGGUAGCGAUGCUCGAACCCACUCCGGUAGUGGCGUCCUAACCACCACCCGCCCCGAGGAGGACAACAACAACAUUGUUAUGACGAUGAACGGAGUGACGAUGAGUUUCACGCAGGAGUCUGUUGGCGGCAAGCGCAUCAGCGUGCGGACAGGUCAGACUGGAGCUGUUGAGUUGAAUAUCGAAGGAAAGCGCCCGAAGAAAUACCUUAUGGGCGGCUCCGAAUAUACGGCCGCAAGCAGCAAUUCCAGGAAGGGUGACCGCAAGUCUGAUCGUGCAAGCCGACACUCCGGUCGGUCGAUCUACAAUGGUGGUCGUCGCUAA